CAACAACAAUUGGGUAAAAUGAGUACGUACCGUUUGAUAAUCAUCAUAGAAAAGGCCCUCUUCUUGGAUGAAAUUGGUCAUUUUUUCGAAAUCCGGUCAGAGGUUCGACGGUUUUUUAGUGAAAACCAAAGAAAAAGUUUUUUGAAGGCAGAUCGGACUUAGCCGCAACCAACAAAAUAACUAAUUCUAAGGUUUUGGGUGGGGAGGGGGGUGGGUAGAGUGAGAAGUUAGAGGGAGAGAGGGAGGAAUGGGUUUUGUGUGCAGAAAAUGGGAGGGGGAAGGGGGGGGGUUUAUAUAGGGACGAAACCGCGUGAGAGAGGGGCGAUUUCGUCCUUUUACCCCGCCUAAAACCGCGCCUCCAGCACGCGGUUAGCGUUCCCCAACAGUCAAACCGCGCUUCGGGGGAGCGGUUUGACUGAGCGACGCGGAUCGCUGGCUGGCGCGCAGUUUGGCCGUCAGAUCGCUCCCUCAUCGCGCGGUCUGAUUCACCGCCACGUGGCCACGCGGUUUGACAGGCAGGAAGAGUCAAACCGCGCCUUGGAGGUGCGUUUUGUGCUCUAACCGCUGCUAGGAGGCGCGGUUUUAAUAUUAACUGCUCAUUAGAGGCACGGUUUUAAAUAAACGAUGAGAUUUUUGGAAAUUGUUGGGAAUGGGUGGUAUUUUUGUAAUUUUUUUUAAACCGUGGUAGUUUUGGAUUUUUUCCAUAUUUUUCUCUCUCGAUAGUAGUCGUAGCAAUAUCACUAAAGACCUUUGCACAGCAUUAGAGACCUUUUGCAAAGUUGAAUCUGUAGUAGUGGAGCUCUUGGGAAAUUAUCAUAGGAAUAAAAGUAAUAGUAAUGUAGAUUCCUUACAUCGAUCACUCUCAUUCGAAUAGUGUUUAAAGAUGUGUUGAUCAAGUGACAGUUAUCUUUUCUCUUAAAGUCAACAUGCGUUGAUCAAUACAUCAUUUGUAAAUCCCAACCUAACCUUUUCGACUUCCUAGUUCCUACAGCAGUCUUAGAUGCGUCUUCUCUUAAGAGAGAGGAUAAAACGCACACAACCUAUAGUGAAAGCUUAAAACUAACAAACUUACUUCUAAAAACACACUCCCAAACAGCAUAAUUGGGAAUCCACAAAAGCGACCACAUCUAUCUACACAAUAAAUAAAAGCCAAAUGAGAAAAUUUGAAGUCUCAUUUCAAAUUUUAUGCAUCCAGAGUGAAAGUAGGAAGGACAUUUUGGUCUUCACGAUUACUUUUUUUUUAUUCAUUAAAAAGACACUAGGAUUCCAACCAUGACCACUUUAAAGAAAAGCAAAGAUCAUAACCAAUCACACUAUGUACAUUUGUUGUAUAUUUUUAAAUUGAAAACAUAUAAUCGCAGAGAGGAAAAAACUCUUCCCCCAUUUCAAAUUUCCUGCUCCAUGAGCGUUUGUAGGAAGGGUAGAAUAGGGAGUGUCAAUUUUUUUUCCCUCUGUGGAACGGGGCCAACUUACCGUACACAUGCGGAUUUAAACGGGUCCAAGAGUGUCAAUUUUGUCUUUAAGUCCUUUUAUUUCUCCGUGGUGGUAAAAUAUAUAUGAAAGGCAAAAACAAUACUCCUUUUUAUUGCUAAAAAGAAAAAAUAAUAACAAUAAACUAAUGCAUGGAUUCUAAUGGGCUAAUCGCUAAUCAUAAAAUAAAAGAGUUGAAUGGGUUUGCCAUUCUAAAACAAGCUAUUUCUCUAGCAUAAUAUAUAUUAUGCUAUUAUUUUAUAUCUUAAUUACUAAAAUAUAAUGUAUUUUAAAGUUAUUCAAUGGUUCAACCUCGACCAACCCAAUUAGUUCAAUUUUUAUCAUUUCAAAUAUAUAUUAUGUAAUUAUUUGAUAUCAUAAUGAUUAAAUUAUAGUGUAUAUUAUAGGGAAUCGUUUGGUAUUUGUUAGUAAAAAAACUAAUCAGAAAGAUCUAUUUGGUUAUUUUUAACAUUAAAAUGAUCCUAAACAUUUUUAGUUUCCUUUCGAAAUUCUAUAGUUUUAUUCCCGAAUCAGUGAUGUGCAAAUGGCGAAUUGCAGUCAUCUCUUUUCUUUCAUUAUUUUUUAUUUUCAAAUAGAAAGUUUAAAAGUAAAUAAUAAUUAGAGUUUAGCAUGGGUCGGUCAAACAAGCUGAAAUUCAAGUUUUGACCCAUUUUGAUCAGGUCUAAUUUAUAAUCACAUGGUUCCCUGAUACCCGAUAAAAAUCUCAAUCCAAACCAGUUUGGCAGGUGAGUCCGUGUUUACCACCAUUUUCUAGGGAUACAGGAAUGGUGGUUCCUAUCCAAAUCGUGUUGUUCAUUCUUGAUUUCUUUAGAUUUUAUCAUGGCUUGGCAAAAAACCAGAAAGCCCUGAAAGUUUUAUAAAGCAAAUUAAUCGGCCAACGGGCCGUGUAAAAGCUAGCAACGAUUGUGAGAUGUUCUUUUCCCGAAAACCGGCGGGAUGGAAGAUUUUUUAUUCGAUUUUCUGGAAUUUGGUUUCUAUAAAACUUACUCCACCUCAUCAUAUUACCAGAAACAAUAUUGUUUUACAAGGUAACAGGUACUUGAUUUUGGUUCAUAAGACUGAUUUUUGAUUCGUUGUAUCAUUCAUGUCUCUUUCAUACUAAAAUUCACUAUUUUUAUCACGUGUUUCCCAAAAAAAACUAUACAAUAAUAAACUAUACACCUCUUUAGCCAAUGGUCGGGCCACACUAGUAAAUAAUAGAUAACCAAAAGAUUCCACGACUGCUAAUUGACGAACCUUCCUUCAUUCACAAGAAAAAAGAUACCAGCAUGAGGAAGGAGAAGGAUGUCCGUUGUAAUAAAAGGAACAAGAGUUGACAGAAAGCAUAAGCCAAAAAUGAAAGAAGGGUUCUACCGACGCAUCCUUAAACAAUACAUUCAUCAACUCAAAUAUUUGGUACAAUAAACCUCCUAUAAGCAAUCCCGAUAAGCUCUAAUUCAUGUCCUGCACCAAUCGACAGAAGCUACAACAAACAAGUUCAUGAAUCUUAAUUCCAAACCCCUCCUUUAAUAUCGUCAUGUCUAUAUCAUUCACAAAGAGUCAUGCAUCCACAAUCACAUCGAAAUGAGAAUACUGAAAUGUCACUCUAAGAAUUCUACUGGGAAUCCAUUGAAUAUCCAUGGCUUCAUCAUCCGAAGUAAUCGUUUACAUUUGAAACAUCAAAGAACAAUCAAACUUAGCAAUUGGAUUCUCAAGCAGAGAACAGAUGCACAUGGUGGCCUCUCAUGAUGGUAGAUAGAUAACUAAUUGAAGUGCAACCUAAGACAGAGGAGCUAUAUAUGUCUACCGAAUUCAAAUUGGGUAAAUUGCUGUUUCCCCUGUGUACCAUGAUAGCUAUAGCAUCCAAAAGUAGGGGAAAGAAAAAACAAACAAACGCUGCAAGCAGCAGCAACAUGAUGAGAACAAGUGAGAGAGCUACUCAGUGAUCAGUAUGCAAGACUGAAGUAGUCCGUCUGGAUGUCGCUCCACUUUGGGCUAAGGUUGAUUCGAAGACCAUCAGGAAGUCUUUUCUGACUGCUUCUCAUGGUUUCUCCAUGGAUUCAAAGCGUCUCUCAUCGCUUGAGCUUCAGGAGUAUUCUCCCAAGCACGUUUCUCGGACUCCAGAACCGUCACCUUAUCGUCUACAAAAGGAUGGAAUAAACACGUCGAAAUCUCACAUCAGACAAUAGAAGACACAGCAAUGCCAGCUAACAAAUUAACUCUCUUAUGCCAAUUCACAAGGAGAUGGUUUCAAUAGGGUUCAAACUCUACCCAGCUAAACAUCAUGAACAAGAAGCCAGUGAAUGUUUUCAUUCCAACAGCUUGAAGUAGAAAGAUGGAUGCUUUUGAAGUCCCCCAAAAAUGGCAUUCACUAUUCCAAUUAAGAUACUAAACAGUGCAUGAUUUAACAGCAACUUAAACACCACAAAUACACACCCAAACCCUAAAAACAAAUCUAACGACAGCAAUUCACGCUACAGAACUUAUCAGAGAGUUCAAUCGAUGGCAAUUCAUAGACUAGUUGGUUGCCGUAAUUAAAAUUACAUUACUAGGAAGAAAAUCGUUCGAUGUAUUGAUAAAAAAAAAAGCUAGAUGCAGUGAAUCGAAAAAACCAGUGCAAGAGAAGGAACGGGAGAGAGAGAGAGGCACGGGGCGGGGGAAAGGAGAAUUCUCACACAGAAGCCCGUCUUGAUCAUGAAGAACUCCAUGGAAGCUCCGAUUAGAGCAGAACCGGCGGCUAUCUUCACAUACCAAUCUAGAAACUUCAUUCUCAGCGCCGGCAAAGGAAUCAAGACCUCUAGCAAACAAACAAUCUACGAUUCCAGAGCUCCAAACUGAGCGCGGCAGAUACCUUUCUUCGAUGCCGAGUCACGGAAUCGGGUGACAGGCCUUUCUCACAGGGGAUGGUUCGCGAGUUGAUGGAACGAGUUCAGACGCUGGGCCGAACUUAUUCUUUUCCUCCACUGCGAGUAGCAGGCCGCUGUUGGGGAAGACUCGCGGAUCGUAAGUCGUAACUUUGGGCUUCACUCUCUUGAGUUACAAUUGUCAAUUAACAUGUUUAGGGUUUUAGGGUGAAUUGAUAAUUGCUUUGUGCUACAUUCGUCUAUAACAUCUAUAAUAGUUAUCUUUCUCCAAAAAUUUGAUUUAUUGAGACAAAUUAGUUAUGCAUGAUAUUAGAAUUGAUCUAGGCAAGUGAUUGUAUGCUUGAAUCUUCACGACUUCCAAUAGCAACAAUUAAAUUUAAAGCACAUGUUGUGACAGGUCUAUGCAAACUUCAAAGUUCAAGUGCAUAAAUUGGUUUUCAUCUGAAGGGGGUGUAAUAUGGAUCCACAAUAUAUAGAGGCGAAAUCAGAAAUCUGAACAAGGGAGACUAAAAAUGUACGUUUGAGGAAUUUGAACCAUGAUCAUUAAAAAGGGGCCUGCAAAUGAGCCGAGUCGAGUUUUACCCCAGCUUGAGCUCGCCUCGUUAAUAAAGGAGUUGAGCUCGAGCUUGGCUCGUUGAUUAACCAGCCGAGUCGAGUCGAGUUCGAGCUAGCUUGCUUGAUAAAAUCUUGACUCAUAUUUGAUAUAUUCAUUUUGUAUGUCAUACAUGAUACAUGUGAUUAAUGUCAAUAUGAAAAACUAAUAGUAGUAGUGAAGUUUUCAAUAUUAACUAAUCUCAUGUUAUACUUUGUGGUAUCAAAUUCUUUAGUUAAUAAAUUUUAACUAGUGAAAAUUAUGUUAUUUCAUAGUAUCGAAGCAAUCUAUGAUACAUAAUUUCUUUUAAAAAUUAAAUAAGACAUAUUUGCUCACAUAAUCUACAUGUUAAACUUCAAGGGUGAGAUAUAUAAUUUAACAAAUCUAUGAAUUAUCAAAAUUAAACUCGUAUAGAUUGAUUCGCUCAUAACUCGGUAAUCGAGUUGGCUCUCUAGCCACAAUGUUGAGAGUUGAGACAUCGCUAAAUGAGUCAGCUCACGAGUUGAGCUCAACAAGCCAUCGAGUCGAGCUAGCUCGCAAGCUCCACGAGCCGCAGAAAGCCAAUCUCAAGCUCGACUCAUUAGUAAACGAGCCGAGUUUCGAACAAGUUUUUUCCGAGUCGAACGCCGAGCCGCUCGCGAGCAGCUCGGCUCAUUUGCAGAUGAAGUUCUGACCAUCUGUCAGAGAAAAAAGAAUGAAUGGAUAUUGUAGAAUUCCCUACACCUAUAGGCCUAGAGCCUUACCCACUAGUCUAUUUCUCAAAUUCUUAAUAUAAAUUUUACUUUUAAAUUUACUUAUUUUUGAAAGUUGAGGGGGCUAUAACCCCCUCCUGAUCCAACGUAUCUCUGCCACUUGUAACACACAUGGGUUGAUCUUAGUUUUUGUUUUGUUUUGAUAAAACAGAGUGCAAAGGGUCGUGUAAUAUAGAUUGAUUUUUGUUUGAUUGGCCGUGUAAUAUAGAUUAAUAAUUAACCUUCUUCCAAUCAAAUAAUCGUAAAACAUGUGUAAUUCAUCGAGCUGAUGAACUAAUUAAUUAAAGAAACGUGUUUAAAUUCAUACAAAAUAAUAGAAACGUGUGUAGUAAUAUGAAGAGAGCAUUAUUAUGAUUCUUGUGUCGAGAAUAUGUAACUACCAUUUCCAAAACAAACGAGAAAUCGGCUCCACCGAAUAUUUUACUAAUUAAAAAAAAUGCUUUAUGGGAUUCUAAAUUUGGGCAUAAUAUUUGAAGAGCUGAAGUUAACGGCCGGUCUCGUUUGAGAUUCCAUCGGCCGGCUGACUAGCGUCACUGCCUACUGUGCUCGGCCGGCGUUUCUUCUUUCUCCUUUAUGCCGUCUCUGCACUUUCUUGCCAGCCAGCCUCCAUGUUCCAGGUUGAUCGAGCGGUUAGGUUUUCCUGAUUUACCUCCUGAAAAUUGUAUUAUUCUCUUUGGAUAUAAAUGAGAAUUAAAUUGAGAGUAUCAUGUUAUAUGUGUACCGCUGUUAGGUUUUCCUGAUUGAUCUCCUGAAAAUUGUAUUCUUCUAUUUGUCGAAAUACAUUGUUUGUUUUGUGUUUUAGGUGUUGGAUGGUAAGUAACGGAAACCCAUAUAAAUAUGAAUACAAAAUUACCACUAAAUCUUGGAAUAGGAAAGGCAAACAACAAAAUUAAUGAAAUUGAAAUGUGAAGUAGUGCCAAACUACUCACAUAGUCUAAUGAUGAGACCCUUAGUAGAUGCUCUUUUGGGAAGUGACAGUUCUCGAGUUUGAUCCUUAUCAAGGUCCAUUAUGGUGCUCUCAAAGACAUUUAAUGGGGAUCUUUGUGGAGGACUCGAGAGGCUCUCAAACAGGUGAACUUUCAAAUUUGAUCUCACUCCGCCAUCGCUCAAGUUGUGUGUUGAUUUUUUUCUCAACCCUCUAUGUUUAUAUGUUUGGUUCAAUUCUCUGCCGUUUUGUUGUUUCAUGAUGAAAACUGAAACCAUGACUUCCUAAUAAAAAAAUAAUUGAAAAAUAGUCUACGUAAACGCAAUUAAUGUAUGCUAACCAAAUGAUUAAUGUCACUUUUUAAAAACUUAUCACAAUCGCCAAACUCGCACUUAAAAAUGAAUAUUUAAAGAACUA